AUGGAUAAGAAAGCAGAAUUACCACCUCCACCUGUUAUUGCUUGGCAGCAUACCAAUGAGACACACAAACGAUGGACAUGGGUGCGUCGCUUUAUUGCCGUCUUGGUUGUCUUGGCUGUAGUCAUGCACUGUACAGCUCCACGUGCUCGCCUUUCACAACUCUGGAAACAUACCUACAGCAACGACAAGGAGCCACAACUAGUGCUUCAUACGGGUUUCCCAGUCCCUGAUGCUGUCGUUGGCCAAACCAUUCAACCCAAGGGAUAUUCAGCUGCGAUGGCGUUUGCACCUGUAGACACAUCCUCCUCCUCUUUGACAGUACAAAACAAGGAAAGCUGGUGGGACCGUAUUUUCUCAUGGCGUCAUGUCCACUUGGCAUCUGUUCAGUUGGCUGUCACAAGCCCUGGUCCCCUCGAUCACGUACGCGCUACCAUUUCUAUUUGCACAUCCACUCAUGACGACCUAUGGCAAUCCAUCCCAGAUGCAACAAAGUGCAUAGCAUCCACAAUGCGUGGUGUUGAUGAAGGCACAGCACCCGAUGAACCUCUUGGCAUUAUCACCUGGAAUCCUGUACAAGAAGAAAAAGAUGCUAUCGUGCUCAAAAAGAACAAAGUCUACUGGUUGGUCGUGGAAGCUCCCCCUGGUGCUGAUGCAUUUGAAUGGGCUCUUGCACAAAUCUCUGGUGGUGUCGGUGCUCAUCAAGGUGUCGCCUUGGAAACUCCCGAACGCGGUUGGCAGCUGCAAAAUGCCGAUGAUGAUGACGCACCUAUUCCAAGUGUAAUGUUAUCUGUAGUUCCCCAUUAG